ACUCUCACUAGAGCUUUCUCUCUUUGUGUGUGUUUUGGGUUUUAGCUUACACUUCUUCCAUCCUUGAAACCCCUUCAGUUAGUUCCACGUUCUUUUGAACCAAAGAGAGGGUUAAAAACAAAAAAAAAAAACACUUCCAAGUUCCAAAUCCAUCUAAGCAUAGCAAGAGAGAGGGUGGGGGUAGUGUUUGGAGAGGGAGAGAAAGAUAAGAAGAAGAAAAGCGUGGUUGUGAAGAAAACCAAGGUUCAUCAACAAAGGGGGUGGUGAGGGGGGUGGUGUUGAUCAAGUGAUGCGCUCAGGAGUUUGUGCAUUACAGCAGACCCUCACAGCUGAGGCUGCUUCAGUGUUGAAGCACUCUCUGGGGUUGGCUCGGAGGAGGGGCCAUGCACAGGUCACUCCUCUGCACGUGGCUGCCACUUUGCUCAGCCUAAGAGGCAGUUCCUUGAGAAGGGCUUGUCUUAAGUCUCAGCCUCACCAAACUUCUCAUCCUCUUCAAUGCAGGGCUCUUGAGUUGUGCUUCAAUGUGGCUCUCAACAGGCUCCCAACAACACCUGCUCCUUUGAUCCACACUCAGCCUUCUCUCUCCAAUGCUCUCAUUGCUGCACUCAAGAGAGCUCAGGCUCACCAGAGGAGGGGCUGCAUAGAGCAACAGCAACAACAGCCUCUUCUCACUAUCAAGGUUGAGCUGGAACAGCUCAUCAUAUCCAUUCUUGAUGACCCUAGUGUUAGCAGGGUUAUGAGAGAGGCUGGUUUCUCCAGCACCGCUGUUAAGAGCAACAUAGAGGAGUACUCCUCACCCCAUUCAGUUUUCCAGUGCUACAAUAGCACUGGUGGUGUGUUUUCUUCUCCUUGUUCACCUUCUGCUAGUGAGAGCCAUAGGGAAACGUCCAACAACCCUAGCAAUUUCAGGCAGACUCAUCACUUUUUAACUUCUUAUGCUUCUGAGUUCAACCCUUCACUUCUCUUUUCUCCACCAAAGAAUCAUAUCUCUGGGGCAGCUUCUUCUAGUAAGGAUGUCAGGCUUGUUCUGGACAUCCUCUUGAGGAAGAAGAAAAAGAACACUGUGAUUGUUGGUGACUCAGUGUCAUUAACUGAAGGGCUUGUGGGAGAGCUAAUGGGAAGGCUAGAAAGGUCAGAAGUGCCGGAUGAGUUAAAAUCAACCCAUUUUAUCAAAUUCCAAUUCUCACCUGUUUCUUUGAGUUGCAUGAAGAGAGAUGAAGUUGAAAUGAAACUGUUAGAACUGAAAAGGAAGGUGGAUUCCAUUGCAUCAGGAGGAGGGGGUGGCAUUUUUUAUAUUGGAGACCUGAAGUGGACAGUGGAGGAUGGAAGCUGCAGUGAAAAAGAGGAAGGGUCACCAGAUGGGGAAAUUUCUGGUUAUAACCCAGUUGAUCAUCUAAUUUCAGAAAUAGGAAAGUUAUUCUGUGACUGUGGAACCUCAAAUAACGCUAAGGUGUGGCUCAUGGCAACUGCUAGUUAUCAAACAUACAUGAGGUGUCAAAUGAGGCAACCCCCUCUUGAAAAGCAGUGGGCUCUUCAGGCUGUUCCUGUUCCAUCAGGUGGACUUGGCUUGAGUCUUCAUGCUCCCAGUGUCCUUGAUUCAAAGAUGAGCAUCUCGCAGAACCCGUCUCAUGUCCCUGAAACAAAGCCCUUUAGUAACAAGGAGCAGGAGGAUAAGCUCAAUUGUUGUGAAGAAUGUGCCUCCAAUUAUGAAAAAGAAGCUCAAUUUCUCAGACCAAACCAGAAGAAAACGUUGCCUUUCUGGCUUCAGUCCCAUAGUACAGAAGAAGACCAUAAGAAGGAUGAAUUUAUCCAGUUGAAAAGAAAAUGGAAUAGACUGUGCCACUGUCUCCACCAAAGCAAACAGCCUCAAACCCAAUGGAACUGGAACAACAGUUGUAAUUCAUCAAGCUCUAUAUCAUUUGCCAACAAUGCCACACAUGGUUCCACCUCCAAACUCGUCCCUCGAUUCCGGCGCCAACAAUCAUGCAUCACUGAGUUCAAUUUCGGCUACAAAAGGGAAGCAACAGAGCCUGUCUUGGAUUCCCUUGAGGGUAUGGAAGGUAAAGAAGUCAAGACUACCCUUGCUCUUGGAAAUGGUGGUUCAGGUGAGACGGUGGGGGAUCAUAUAACUGAUACAACACUGCAACAAGCUCAUAUUUGUAAACUAUUGCAGGAGAAUGUGCCAUGGCAGUCUGAGACUGUUCCUUUAAUAGCAGAAGCCUUGAUUGAUUCCAAAUCAGCAAAGCAAAGUAAAAACAUUACUUGGUUACUUCUGCAAGGCAAUGACACCAUUGGGAAAAGAAGGUUGGCACUUGCAGUUGCAGAAUCUGUUUUUGGCUCAACCGAUGUGCUCCUUCACUUUGACAUGCUAAAGAGAGAGGCUUCAAUAGCCCUGUUUUCUGAAAUGCUAGCAGGAGCAUUGAAAACCCACCAACAGCUUGUGGUGUCAAUAGAAAAUGUUGACUUUGCUGAUGCCCAAUUCAAUAAGUUCCUUUCUGAUGGAUUUGAAACAGGGAAGUUUGAAAAUUCCACAGAAGAGAACUCAAGUCAAGUAAUUUUCAUAUUGAGUAGUGGUGGACCCACGAUCAUUGAGGAGCAGAAUGAGGACAUGGUUAUGAGGUUGUUGUGGCAGGUCAGUGAAACCAAGCCUAACUUAGAGACACCAUCUGUCGCAACUGGGAUGGCGGCGCCUUGUUUAGGCCACAAGAGAAGAGCUGAACUGGAUUUGUUUUCUAACAUCAAGAGUUUUCAAGGGAACAAAAAGAAAGAGUUUUCAAGACAAACAAGCUUUAACACUCUUGAUCUGAACAUGAGAGCUGAUGAAGAGGGUGAUGAUGGGGAGGCUAAAGCAGGAGAAAGUAGUCCCAUAUCAAGUGAUUUGACUAGGGAAACUAUAGGUGAUCCGCUGAACCAAAAUGGAUUUCUUGACUCAAUAGAGAACCGAUUUGAGUUUAACACAAGUCCAAUUAAGGACAAGGAGAUGGAAGUGUUGUUUUUGAGUAAGAUCAAAGGGUCUUUUGAGGAGGUUUAUGGGAAGCAAUGUUUGGAGAAUUUAAGUGUAGAUGAGAGAGUGAUUGAGCAUGUGCGUGUUGGGUGUGGUUUUUUCACAAACAGGUUGUUUAUGAAAUGGCUGAAAGACGUUUUUGAAUGUAGUUUACAAACAGUUAACUUUGGAGGGAAGGAGGGUAUACUUUUUAGACUUUCUUGGUGUGGUAAAGGAGAUAAAAAAUCAAAUAGUGGGUUCAUGAGUUCUUCUCUGCCCAAGAGUAUCAAUGUUAACUACUUCAUAGAGUGAGCGAUUUUGGGUACCGAGGGCUUCUUGUAAAAUUGUCCACAAGGUGUAAAAUGGGAUAGUUUGUGUAACUGCUAAUUUUCAUAAUAGCAUGGGUUUGUUUUAUUUCA